AUGUGCCUGCGCCUGCGACCCAUGGUGUGCCGUGCAUUGCACACGUCGCGCACAGCACAAAAACUCUCCUCAUUUUCCACGCCUUCCACAGCAGCGGCAAGCGACGAAGACUCUGCGGCGCUUGGCCGCUUCUUUUAUCGCAACCGCUCCGUAGUCCAGUGGGGAAAUGUGCCGGCGCGCCGCACCACGCUGCAGCAGCUCAUCCUCUUUGGCCGCUCCGCGCGGAGAAACAAGGCCUUGCUGAUGGAGAGUGCCAAUUAUCUCCGCACAGAGCUCACGGCUCGCAUUGCGCAUCGGCUGCGCGAUAUGCAAACGCUGCCGUUCGUCGCCAUGUCCAACGAACAGCUCGACAGUAUCUACCAGUAUUACUGGAAGACAUUCGAGACGUUGCGGCGCAUGGAUACGAUUGAUACGAUGGAGCAGAAUGAGCGGCUGAUCGAAGUAGUCACAGAGUUGCUUUCAGAGCGCAAGAACAAGCUGGCACUCAUUGCGGGUAUCAGCAGCAAUUGCAUCAACUAUAUGGAGCCAGAGGCGGUUGAUCUUUUCCUCUCGCGCAUGCUUCGGUCGCAGGUAUCGCGUGAGGUGUUGGCCAAGCAGCACAUUGCGCUCUCGUUGAUGCAGCAUGGGAACCAGACGCCGGGUGCACACGCAAGUAUCGGCAUGAUCGAUACGCAGUUGUGCAUCCACGAAUCGAUCCAGAAAAGUUUUCAACUCGCGCGCAAGGCAAUUGCAGAACUGUACAAGUGGGACCCGAAUGAUCUGCGCAUCCCCGACAUGGUCGUUGACGGCGACAAAAGCACGACGAUUGCCUACAUCGUAGCGCAUCUCGAAUUUAUACUCCUGGAGCUGUUCAAAAUCUCGAUACAGGCGACCAUGGCAAAGCAUGGAUCCGAUCGUGCAGAUGCCCCGGAGACACGACCGCCCGCCGUGCAAGUCACGAUCGUGCAAGGAUCCGAUAAGGGCGAUAUGCUUGUGCGCAUCAGCGACGCGGGCGGCGGUCUUUCCCCUACCAACGCCGAGGAGCGCGACGAGGAGACGGCAUCGGUGACUCGCGCCCGCGGUCCCCUCCUCCUGCCGGGGAUCGAAAUGGCGAGUGAAAAUGCCGAGAGCGGAGCGAGUCUGGUAUGGUCGUUUAUCACCAUCGCCGAGCAGCUCGACAAGAUGAACAUCAAGCUUGAGCUCAGCGACGACCGAAUCCAGAAAGAUGUUACGAAGCGCGACCCAACAGCUUCGUACCCCGGGGGCGAUGGGCUUAUGCGCUUGUCGGUGCUCAAUAUGGACUCGAAAAAUGGGCUCCCGAUUGUGAAGUUAUAUGCGCAGCUAUUUGGCGGCGAUCUGAAUUUCCGCACGUUGGGGGGACACGGCACGGACUAUUAUCUGCGCGUGCCCAAGUUUGGCACAUCCAAAGGUACGUAUGCGGCGUAA